UGAAAGUAGGACCCAUUGGUGAAGUUACGCCUUCACAAACGAAUCACCAUCGCCAACGGGCAUGCUUUUUCACCGACCGAUUAUCUGAAAGUCAUUUUUCUAGUAGUGUACGGAUUGGAAUAUGUGAUACAUAUAAGUUGAUGGUUUUUACUAAUUCUUCUUUUGUUGUAAUCUUUGUUCUAUAUAUGUUUAUAUAGGUUUGUGGGGAGUGUAGAAAGAAGGAAUGGCAUAUAAGGUGGAUCAUGGGUAUGAUUACUUGUUUAAGAUAGUACUAAUCGGGGAUUCUGGAGUCGGAAAAUCAAACAUUCUUUCUAGGUUUACCCGAAAUGAAUUUUGUCUGGAAUCUAAAUCCACCAUUGGUGUCGAAUUCGCUACAAGGACUCUUCAGGUCGAGGGUAAAAUAGUAAAAGCCCAAAUAUGGGACACUGCGGGUCAAGAGAGGUACCGAGCGAUCACAAGCGCGUAUUACCGAGGAGCAGUGGGCGCGCUCUUGAUAUACGACAUAACAAAGGCGCAGUCAUUCGAAAACGUGAAAAGGUGGCUAAGGGAACUUAGGGACCAUGCAGACUCCAACAUUGUGAUCAUGUUAGCCGGAAACAAGGCCGAUUUAAGCCAUCAUCGAGCCGUCCAAGAAACUGAUGGUCAAAAGUUAGCCGAACAAGAAGGGCUAGUGUUCCUAGAGACGUCUGCAUUCGAAGCGUAUAACGUUGAAAAGGCGUUUCAGAUGAUAUUGUUGGACAUAUACAAGAUAGUAAGUAAGAAAGCCUUGGCUGCUCAAGAAGCUGCAUCUGCUUCUGUUCCUGUUCCUAGCAAUACAACUGCCAUAAAAGUUGGUGAUUAUGAUAACAACUCUCAAAGGAAAUGUUGUUCUAGUUAGACAAGAAAAAAAAAAGAAACAAAUUAUUACGUGUAUGUUUGUUCAAGAUUUACAAGAAAA